UCCGGCCUUUGUGUGUGGCGGAGGUUGCGUCGUUACCCCCGUUUUAAGGCUGAAGAAUGACGAGGUGUGGAGGGGCGGUGCCGUUUCAAAAGGACUCCAGGCGGGACCUUUCAGUGCACAGCGUGGUUGGAAGGGCCCGUGGUGCGCCUCAGAUAUCCAGACUGUUACAAAAGGAUGCAGAGCAGGAAUCCCAAAUGAGAGCUGAAAUUCAGAACAUGAAGCAAGAACUCUCAACCAUUAGUAUGAUGGAUGAGUUUGCUAGAUAUGCCCGUCUGGAAAGAAAGAUCAACAAAAUGACUGACAAGCUUAAAACUCAUGUGAAAGCACGAACUGCUCAAUUAGCCAAAAUAAAGUGGGUUAUCAAUAUUGUAUUCUACAUCUUACAAGCUGCCUUGAUGAUCUCACUAAUUUGGAAGUACUAUUCUGAGCCAGUUACAGUGCUUCCAAGCAAAUGGCUCGCUCCGCUGGAGCGCCUGGUAGCCUUUCCUACGGGGGUGGCAGGCGGUGUUGGAAUUACAUGUUGGCUUGUGGUUUGCAAUAAAGUUGUAGCUAUCAUGCUUCAUCCUUUCAGCUGAAGGAAUCUCAGUAAUCCAUGGAGUCCUCAACUACGUUUGCAUUAUCACAGCCUAAAAAUGGGGAACAGCUGUCUCUUGUGAAAGACCAAAUCUGAGCUAAUUUCUGUAACUUCAGUUGGAUAUCUGUCAGUGUUCUUUUUCAUUUAUAUUAUCUAUCCUUGGUUUGUUUUUCUGGUUCAUAAUCACCAGUUUUUGAAGAAUAGCAUUGCUAUUUUUAAAACCACAUUUUUUGCCUAUUUUGAUAAGUGAUUUAUGGCAUAACCUUAAAUCUUUGUCACGGCAUAUUCACCAAGGUUUAAAAAUGCUGGAUUUUUAUACCUUUAAGUUGGAAAUGUACUGGCAUUAGGAAUUCCUUUUGGAGCUUUAUUGCUUCUUUGCUGUAUAACAUGACAAUUUCACCCAAAGGUGGGAUUGUAUUUGGUGACAGGUGGGACUAGAGGCUAGAGGCAGGUGGUUUGGUUGGCUUAAUGUAAAACAGAAUGAAUUACCUCCUUGCUUUUUUACACUAGAAUGUGGGGAAUUCUUAGACUAUCUUAGAAAAUGCAUGAUUGAUACAAUAUGCAGAAUCAGCUUGUUGCCUCUUCAGAUUCUGUCAGUUGCCAAAUACGCAAUAGCCGAUUACUUUUUCUGCCCUGUCUUUUAAAAUUCAUUGACUGCUUAAAUUUUGUCCUGCUUUUACUGAAAACUGACCUUUCCUUCUGUGAUAUUUUUUUUUUUCCCCUUCCCAAACUGAGUGAAUAUCACUGAAACUAUUUCCUUCCACAUUCUGGGAGAAAAGAUCUGACCAGCCUUAUCAAGCCUCAUUUUAGAAGAAUAAAGUAAUAGCAGUGGAAAUCCUCCACAGGAUCCUCCAUCCUUCAGAGGAUACAUUCCUAUGGCUGCAAUAUAUAUUUAUUAAUGAGAGUUUCAGAUAGCCCAGAAUAGCGUAUAAUGAAAAAAGGCAAAGUAGCGAUUUAAGUAUCUAAAGUAGUAAGGAAUGGUAACAACUGUACAAAGAAGGAGAGAGGAAAACAAUCUUUUGGUUUUCGAGUACAUCCUUCUUUUUAUAUUUAGCUACAGGAAACAGCCAUGAUUAUUUUGAGUUUAGAGAACAGAUUUCUACCUAGUACUAUGCCUGUUGAACAGUGCAUCUCCCAUGGUACAGUGGUAUCUGCAACCCAUCACUGCUGUCCUAUAAGACAAACCAGU